UAAGAAGUAUUUUUACUACUCUAUCAGGAUUUUGAUAAGCGAUCUAUUACGAAUAACAGCAAUCUACUUUUGAAUUAAUGAUUAUGGGAAUCUCCUUCGAUCAUGAUUCUAAACAGAUGUCUUUUUUCUACAGUAUAAUACACCACUGUUGACUGUUUGUCGCCAUAUUGACUCAUUUUAAAGGGUCAUCGAGAAAUAAACGAAAUUCCUAGGCAAUCAUUGUUCUAGUUUGAAGUACCGCGUUCGUUAUGUUGUUUCGGUGUUCUUUUGUUUUGUUCUUCUAAAUUGUCUACGUGCAACAUUAAAAAAUAUUAGAAAAGAUUUUUCACAUGCAGUUAACGGAAUCAGUGUAACCGAAGGACUCGCGGGCACUGCAUAAACAAGUGUGUGACGUGUCGAUGUGUAAUUACGAGAAGCAUGUGGGAUGUCAUUCACUAAUACAGCGGAACAACAUUCAAUUGCUGCAGUAAUUGGGAGAAUUCUAGUAUCAUAAUCUCGGAAUUAACGACGGGCAGUGCCCACUCUUAGCGAGCCUAACCUCGAACAACAAGCUGGAAACAUGGGGAAUCUGUGUAACGAUUGCAUGGCUAGAGUGCCAUAUGCAACUCUUAUUGCAACAAUUAUGUGUUGCUUAGGAGUGGGCAUAUUUUGUGGCACAAUGUAUAGAGGUGUUACGCUAGGUUCUUUGAUGAUGGACCAGGUGUUUCAUUUACGGCUUGGAUGGCUGGAAGCAGUACAGUUGACUUUCGCAACAAUUGGUGCUAGCAUGGCAGCUUUAGGUUUUAUGAUACUAUGCGUUGGUUGUCUUGCAACUGGAGCUACAAGACACAAAGUAUAUCGUGCAUGGAGGUCCCGAGUUGGCGGACGUAUUUCCUGUGCUGUUUUUAUGACAAUCACAUACAUUCUACAAUUCGGAUGGCUUCUGAUAUUUGCAUUUCUGGUUAUAAUUACUUGGAUUUUCACUAUAUUCUGGGGAUUAUGCAGCAAUCCUCGGGUUCAGUCUUUCGAUCAAUGUAUCGAUUUCACCCAAUUUGGUUUUAUAUUCCCAAAUAAUACAAUAGUUGAGGACAUGAAGGUAUGUGGACCACAAGAAGUGAAACUAUUUUGUAAAGAUUUCGUUGAAAAAGCAGAGGUUAUGUUUAUCUUGGCAACAGUGGCUGCCAUGUUAGUCGUGUUGAGUCUCGUACACUAUUUAAUGUGCCUAUCUGCCAACUAUGCGCAUAUUCGUGAUCAUGAAAAAUUUCAAGAAUUACAAGAACUUCAAUACCUGCAAGAUCCAGUAGAUACAGAUUCUCCUCAACCGGGUAUGGGAACUUUGAGCUCGCAUCGCGGCAAAGAUAGAUUCUAGGAUACGGCCCGCGAGAUCUUCGCCAUGAAUCCUUUAUAAAUUCAGCAAUCCUACCCAUGGGAUAUCGAAGAUCUCUUGUCUAUAAAAACCCAAAACAUUUUGGUGUUAUUCUUCUCUUUGUACCUAACUCAGUAUUCUACUAAUUGAUUAUUGUCGCAGUAGUUUACCGAUCGAGGAUCUUGCGGGAACAUAUCAUGCCGUCCAUUUUUUGCGACUGUCUUGUACGCAUUUACUUCGUCUUAAAGAUACAAAUCGCCUUUAGAAAGCAUAUAAGGUUUCAUCUAUUCUAGUGUUGAGUAAUUCGAUUAUUGUUAAUAUAUAUAGAGAGAGUAAGACACCACGACGACAUUCCAUAAUUUUUGUGUUCAAAGAUGAACAAAGAAUAUGACGCACAGAGUAUAUAUACUUUCUAAAUUAUUCGUUAUAUAAAAAAAUAUAUCUAUGUUUGUCAUUGACAUCAUUGACACACAAAUAUCUGCUGUGCACUAUGUAGUUUGAUAUGGUAACUACAAUAUGACUAACGUCUUUAAAUUAUAUAAGACUGUUUAUCAACCUAGACUAUAUAUUAAGUAUUGUUGAUAUCAUUCAUAUAGAUUUUUUGUUUAAAUAAAAAGUGCAGCUUUUUUGUACCUUUGUAAAGCGAAGUAAGAAAACUACAUUAAUUGUACAUUGUUGUUCAAGUGUUUCAAUUAUACUGGAGGAAAAAGUAAAAGUAAAUUUUUUUUUUUUUUAUUGCAUUAACGUUUUCACUUUUAAUUUGUUAUUUAUUGUGCUUAUGUUGAAAAAUUCAUGAGACAUAUUAAUUUGCUGUAAUUAUAUUUUCUUCCAGUAUAAAUGAUUAAGUAUUAUAAAUUUACUGCCAUUGUACAAUUACUCAAAGAGAACAAACUUUACAUUAUAAAAUAACAAAAAACCCAAUAGAAAAUUAAUUCAAAUUGCAUAAAACAGAAUUGUGCCAAAUUUAUACGAUUCAAACUGGAAAAACGUAUAUAGUACUUGCUCAACGGAAAAGUAUUGUUUAGAGCAAAUAGAUAUGAAUAAUACUCUAUUACGCACACCUGAUGAGUACAUAUCAAGGAGAUUAUAUGUUAUUUAUGCAAGUUCGCAAAAAAGGAUUGUACAAGAAUUAAUGCGCAAGUUACAUAUAAUAAAAAGUCGAUUUAUUGUUAUUUUUGGAAAACUAUAUGCUACAUUUUUUUGUCUAAACAUUUGUAUAUUCCUGUAAGGUCGAAUAAAAAGUACUUUCUACUCGA